AUGGCCGAGCUUUUGGGUCAGAGUUUGUCAAGUAGAAACGAAGAAAUUCAAAACGAAGAUCAUCAUACAUAUGAGGGUGGCCACCAGAACUCCGUUUGGACAGAUGACAAAGAUGACGGGAAUGAGGAAGGAGAACUACGUUGUUAUGUCUCCUUCAGAGACCGAACUGAACGGGAACAAGCGCAAAUGCAAAUCGCUGCCCCAUUCAUAUUUCGCAAAUUCAUGAAGUAUUCCAAAAUAACAUAUCAAUGGGGAGAUGAGGAAAGUUGGAAUCGAGACUGGAAGGUGAAUUGUAAAUGUAAUACUGCCAAACGAGAACGGACAAUUGACAUUGUUUACAUCACUAGUCAGAUUCCAAUUCUUCUCGAUAAUCAAGCACCAAGACAGUUGGACUCUGUUCAACUGGUCCAGAUGGGUUUAAUUGGAUCAACCGCCAAGAAUCCUGUGACCACAUUUUCCAUUCGACUAUUACGGCUUCAUCAUCUACUAUGGAAACUAUGUUGUGUCCAAAUCAGCCCCUUCUGCCUGGCAAUUGAUGAAUACCUGGAUGCUCGAAAUCCAAUAAUAACCUCGGCAGACGGCGUUCGAGUAAAUCAAGCUUCAAAACUUCAUUCCAUCAGUUCAGCGGUCAAUGUUUUUUGCAAGAUGUUACGUCUUGAAGCAGAGCUCAAAAAGAAAGCUCUCAAACUCACCUCACUGCAGCAACUGGCGGCCAACUGCCCUUGCUGCUUUGGACCUCGAGUUGAAGGGAAAAGAGAGGCCAAACCAGACUUCAUUGUCUGUAUGGACGGCAAUUUCCAACAUCGCCGCCAUAAAGCUGCCAGUGCUACAUGGCGUGAGAUAUAA